CGUUCCCGCGGCCCCCGCCCCGCGGCCCGUGAUGUCACAAUCGCGGCGGGCCCCGGCGUUCCCGGGUCGGCUUCGGCUUCGGGCGCCCGGCUGCGAGGCGGCGAUUGAAGCGGGCCGCUGGCUCCUGAGUCAUGGACUUCCCCAGGCCCCUCCUCUACCACUCCCACUCCCGCGCCGGGCCCCCCCGCGGGGGCUAGCGUCCGCGCGGCGGCUCCGAGGGGGUGGGGCUGCAGGGAAUGGCUGUGCCCCCUUCGGCUCCCCUGCCGUGCUCGCCCUUUUACCUGAGGAGGCAGGCGCCUUGCCCGCAGUGCUCAUGGGGCAUGGAGGAGAAGGCUGCGGCCGGCGCGGGCUGCCGGGAACCGCCGGGCCCCCCGAGGGCCGCCGCCGUCCCGUGCUUCGGCAUAUCCGUGGACCAGGACGACAUCCUCCCCGGCGCCCUGCGCCUCAUCCGGGAGCUGCGGCCACAUUGGAAGCCCCAGCAAGUUCGGACCAAGCGCUUCACUGAUGGCAUUACCAACAAGCUGGUGGCCUGCUACGUGGAGGAGGACAUGCAGGACUGUGUGCUGGUCCGGGUGUACGGGGAGCGGACAGAGCUGCUGGUGGACCGGGAGAAUGAGGUCAGGAACUUCCAGCUGCUGCGAGCACAUGGCUGCGCCCCCAAACUCUACUGCACCUUCCAGAAUGGGCUGUGCUACGAGUACAUGAGGGGCAUGGCCCUGGGGCCAGAGCACAUCCGUGAGCCCCGGCUCUUCAGGCUGAUUGCCUUAGAAAUGGCAAAGAUUCACACCAUCCACGCCAACGGCAGCCUGCCCAAGCCCAUCCUCUGGCACAAGAUGCACAAUUACUUCACCCUUGUGAAGAACGAGAUCAACCCCAGCCUUUCUGCAGAUGUCCCUAAGGUCGAGGUGUUGGAACGGGAGCUGGCCUGGCUGAAGGAGCACCUGCCUCAGUUGGACUCCCCUGUGGUGUUUUGCCACAAUGACCUGCUCUGCAAGAACAUCAUCUACGACAGCACCAAAGGUCACGUACGGUUCAUUGACUAUGAAUAUGCCGGCUAUAACUACCAAGCUUUUGACAUUGGCAACCAUUUCAAUGAGUUUGCAGGUGUGAAUGAGGUCGAUUACUGCUGGUACCCAGCGCGGGAGACCCAGCUGCAGUGGCUGCGCUACUACCUGCAGGCACAGAAGGGGAUGGCUGUGACCCCCAGGGAGGUGGAGAGGCUCUAUGUGCAAGUCAACAAGUUUGCCCUGGCGUCUCACUUCUUCUGGGCACUCUGGGCCCUCAUCCAGAGCCAGUUCUCCACCAUCGACUUUAAUUUCCUCAGGUAUGCAGUGAUCCGAUUCAACCAGUAUUUCAAGGUGAAGCCUCAAGUGUUGGCCUUGGAGAUGCCAAAGUGACCAGCGUUCCCAUCCGUCCCCUCCCAUCUGCCGGCCAGACCUGUUCUCCAGGGCUCCAUUCUGCUCUGGGGUCUUCACCUUUGGACAAGGUGGGCGAGGGGACAGGUGGGUGUCCCAGAAGGCUCUGCCCCUGUCGCCAGCCCCCAGUGAUGCUUCUGGUGACCAUUCUUGGUUGGAGGGGCUGAUAGGCCCCAGCUCUGGGGGUCCUCUUCACCUUGCCAGACUGGGUGGUGGGGAGUGCCUGCAGCCUGCCAGGGCUCAGACCACAGCCACCCUGGAAAGGCUGGCAUUCCCAGCCCUGGGCCAUCCUGGCAUCUGGGCUGCCUUAGAUGUGUCUUUGACCUUCCUGGCUUGGGGAAGGGGGAAGGUGGGAGGGCUCCUUUCUACCUCCAGGGCCCUGAGCCUCCAGCCUGUUUACCCCUGCAUGCCCCAUGUGGGAGGUGCUGAGCCCAGACCAGCAUCCUGCCGACUCUGACGGAUGGAUGUACAUAUCUUGGGGGGGGGGUCUAGAAUUGGGUUUGAUGGCUCCCCCAGCAGCCGCCUCAUCUGAGAUUACUCCCUUUCUCCAAACCACAUCCAACCAAACAACCCCGCCCCGAACCUCAGCCUGAGGACGUGUGCUCUCCUCCAGUGCCCUUUCUGCUCCAGGCUUGUGUUCUGUACCUCUGCCGCCUGCUGGGAGGGAAGGCAAGGGAAUGGGCCACCAAAGCCUGGCUCUGCUUCAUGCUGUGGCUUGGCCAGAGGGGACAGAGCCAGGAGUGGGGUGGCCGGACAAUAGCCAGCAGGCUCCUGCCUUGUUCCCUCCCUUGCCCUCCAGGCCCUCACUUCCAAGGAACAGUCUCUCCAUGUCCACCUUCUGUCCUGAAGUUGACCCACGGUCUCCACACUGGGGAAUGACUAGUGGGAGUCUAAGGGCAGGGGCCAGGGACCACCGGGGCUUGCCCAGCCUGCAGGAGCCUGGGUGGGGUCGGUCGUGAAGGUGCUGAAGGAGCUGUUGCCCCGACUCUCAAUGGCCUCCACCUCCUUUCUGCCCUCACAGCCUCUCAGGCCUUUCUGGCUCUGGCCUAUAAAAUUUUUCAUUUGUAAAUUAUCAUGGUUUUCUGCAUUAAAACGGCCAUUUAUGGACCACUCUGUGUCUGAGUGCC